GGCAGGGGAAGACGUGUUUUCGCUGCGCUGCGUGGCCGCAGACCCUUAGAUGCUCUGGCCGCCUUGGUCAUGUCGAAAAGGAUCAAUGCCAAGGUCAUCGUCGCGGGCCCUGCCGCCACCGGGAAGACCUGCCUGAUCGAACGCUUCGUCAACAACGUCUUCGCCGCGGACGAUGCCACGCACGGGCCCACCUUGGGCUGUGACUGCCUUCAGAAGGCGGUCUUCGUCGAGAACACGGAGGUGCACCUCUUCCUCUACGACACCGCGGGACAGGAGCGCUUCGCCGAUAUGGCGGCCAGCUACUACCGCGUGGGUGAGGUGUGCUUGCUCUGCUUCGACAUGUCUGACGUGUCCACCUUCGACCGAACCCAGUUCUGGAAGAAGAAAGUGUCUGAUCACAACCCCAAGUGCUUGUUCAUCCUGGUGGGCACCAAAGAGGAUCUGCUCUCAGAGGAGCAGAAGAGCUCGUUGGAUCCCAUCUCCCGCUGGGCCGAAGAGGAAGGGAUACCCUACUUCCCCACCAGCGCGCUGAAGGGUGGCGAGCACAUUAGGUUCCUCUUCCACGUUGUGGCGGAGAAGUGUAUCAGGCUCCACCUGUCCACGCAGCCGUGGAGACGAACUCCGCUCGGCACGAGCGGCCCACGAAACAAAACACCAGACGAUCCACCUGGCCUGGACAGUCCAUGCGGCCUGGACAGUCUCUACCCCCAGCCCCAUCGCUGGGAGACGAGUCGGCUUGUCAAAGGCAACACCUCAAGGCUGAAGCGGGAGAAGCAGCUCUCAGACUCGGCGGGGCUCAAGCUUCAGAGCUCCAUUGGCCAGCCCAAGGCUGGCUGCUGCCCGUGAGCCUCGUGAGCCCCGGACCUCUUCCUGGCCUUGCGCGGGCUGACUGGGGCGAAAUCCGUGUGCGGCUUGAGGUCCUGUUUUGGUCUGUGCGGCUUGAGGAUGAAGAGAUUUUGUUGAAACCAGUCCUCCUAUUUCAGCACGUUCAUUUUUCAGUUGAAAUGCGGCUGAUGCAUGAAACAUCAGCAGCAUCACGCGCAUUGCGAACACUACUA